GUCUGGAGAGCGUCGCUAUAGGCCAGCAACUUUAUGACACUGGCGGGCGCGCCUGCGCAGUGACUUUAGCUGGCGAGGAGUGUCUGUCAUAGAGAGACAACAGAGAACAAGAUGGCGACCUCCAUUAUGUACAGCCGGUUGUCAGCGGGUCUCCGGAGUCGGGCGCCCCGGGCUGUCCUUGGCUGUGCUUCGCAGGUUCUCAGUGGAUUCCCUGGUGUGUUCAGUUCUCAUGGAGGGCAAGCACAACAACACAGGAACUUGUCACUGCACGAGUAUCUUAGCAUGGGACUUCUUAAAGAUGCCGGGAUCGCCAUACCAACGGGUUUGGUAGCACAAACGCCAGAAGAAGCUUAUUCAGCAGCUAAAGAGAUCGGUUCCAAAGAUUUGGUUGUUAAAGCCCAAGUUCUGGCUGGUGGAAGAGGAAAAGGUACAUUUGAAGGUGGCCUGAAAGGAGGAGUGAAGAUUGUCUAUUCUCCAGAAGAAGCCAAAGAUAUUUCCUCACAGAUGAUUGGAAAAAAGCUGUUCACGAAACAGACAGGAGAGAAGGGCAGGAUAUGUAACCAUGUGUUCAUCUGUGAGCGCAGAUAUCCCAGAAGAGAAUAUUACUUUGCAAUUACCAUGGAAAGGUCAUUUCAAGGUCCUGUGUUAAUUGGAAGUUCCCAGGGUGGGGUUAACAUUGAAGAUGUUGCUGCUGAAAAUCCUGAUGCCAUUGUGAAGGAGCCAAUAGAUAUUGUACAAGGCAUCCAAAAGGAACAAGCUGUUAGGCUUGCACAGAAAAUGGGCUUCCCAGAGAACCUUGUGGAUGAGGCAGCAAAGUGCAUGAUGAACUUGUAUAACCUAUUCAUGAAGUACGAUGCCACAAUGAUCGAGAUCAAUCCCAUGGUUGAAGAUGCAUCUGGAAUGGUGAUGUGUAUGGACGCAAAGAUAAACUUUGACUCCAAUGCUGCAUAUAGACAAAAGAGUGUCUUCGAUCUGCGAGACUGGUCCCAAGAAGAUGAGAGAGACCAACAAGCUGCAAAAGCUGACCUCAACUACAUUGGCCUGGAUGGCAAUAUUGGCUGUCUUGUGAAUGGUGCUGGCUUGGCCAUGGCAACAAUGGAUAUUAUAAAGCUUCAUGGGGGAUUGCCAGCAAAUUUCUUGGAUGUUGGUGGUGGUGCUACUGUCCACCAAGUAACAGAAGCCUUCAGACUCAUCACGUCUGAUAAAAAGGUUCUGGCUAUCCUAGUAAAUAUAUUUGGUGGUAUCAUGAGAUGUGACGUUAUUGCACAAGGCAUCAUAAUGGCUGUGAAGGAUCUGGAACUUAGGAUACCAAUUGUGGUCCGCUUACAAGGUACUAGAGUCGAUGAUGCUAAAGCACUGAUAACUGCAAGCGGUCUGAAAAUUCUUGCAUGUGAUGAUCUGGAUGAAGCUGCAAAAAUGGUUGUAAAGCUGUCAGAAAUCGUAACAUUGGCAAAACAAGCCCAAGUAGACGUGAAGUUUCAGUUACCAAUCUAAUGCUGCACCGCUUUUUGUUGGCUUGGAAAGUUGUGUUUAUUUUCUCCUUUCUUGUCUAGGUUUUAAUUAUAUGCUUCAAAUUACUAUAAGAAAUGGUUGGUGUUUAACCAUGAAUGCUGCUUUGGAAAUCAUCAUCACUUCACCUAUAUAUGUAUUGACAGUAUUUCUCCAUUCUGAAUUUCCCAUCACAGCCCAUCUGCUGUAAAGAAGUACUAAAACUAUAGCUGACAUACAAGUUGUUUCCCCAUAAACAAGUAUCCUCUAGUGACCCAACCAUCAAUAUGCUGUAUAUGAAGCGCCAAUGCCCGAUUUAAUUAUUAUGUAAGAAUUCAUCUCCCAUUGAAUCUUUGGACUCCUUCCUUCCCUUGGUUUUCUGUCUUGCUUUGCUGGAAGAUCAAUGAGCAACUUGUAUUUUAGCUACAUUUUAGCUUGAAACCAAUACUAUCCAGAGUGAUGCAUGUACACUCAAAGCAGCCAUUUUAUCAUCUUAUAGUCCAACACAUUAUAUGAUGUCUGACAACCACUUUCCACCAUAAAUAGAAUUGCUCCUUAAAGUCUUCAUUGCCGAAACAUUGUAUUCCAAUAGAGCUACAUAGUUCAAUUCUAUUAGACUAUUUUCCAGACAGUACAGAUCUGUCAGUAGUGUCAUAGGACCUUCAUCUCUUUAGGCUUGAUGCUGCUACACUAAUUUGUUGUGUAAAUUACCGUUCCAGGCCUUUAAAGGGGUUAUCCAGGAAUAGAAAAACAAAGCUAAUUUCUUUCAAAAACUGCUCCCUCUCUGUCUCCAGGUUGGGAGUGGUAUUACAACUUGGCUCCAUUCCCUUCAAUGGAACUGAGCUGUAGAACCACACCCAACCUGGAGACAGACGGAGCAUUUUUUUAAAUAAAUGGAUAACGCCUUGAAGGCUAAGUUCACAUUAGUUUUUCAUUCAUCCCGUUCUGGGUCUGUUUGGCUCUUUUUCUUGCGCGGAACGGACCCUGUAACAGGUCGGAGCAGGUAACGAAGGGACACUGCCAGUUCCUGACAGACUCCAUUCAAUUGGAUCUGUUGCGGUUCCGUUCGCCCACCAGAAAAAAAAAUUGUGCAUGAACUACUAUUUUGACAAUAGCUGCCACAGAGCAAUGUAGCGGUGCCUGACGGCAAUGUGAAUGAGAGCCCUAAGGCAACACAACCAUACAUUAUGUAAUUUGGCUGCAACAUAGGCAUAGUGUCAAAUAAAUGGCUCGUCAUACAAAUAGCUCAUGACCUGGUACUUAAAUAACAUUUACUACAUCUGUAAGAGACAAACUGCAGGUAGCAAGUUCUUAUCUUUCUGUUAACCUUUGCACAUUAUUGAUGGUAUGGAUUAUAUAGUUACACACUAAGGCUCUAUUCACACUAUGGUCAUGGCCUUCUGUCUUUAUUUAGAUGGAUUUUCCAUUGGAUACCAUUAACUUUUAAUAAGGCCUGGUCUCCUUUUGGAGUUGUGAUGGUUUGUUAGGGUGGUUUGACUAUUCCUGCCAGAUCAGAAGAAAAAUGCCAUUGUGAACAUAGCCCGAAUACAGAAAUUUAGACUUAUUUUAUUUGUUAUUUAUGUUUCCUUCAGUCCAGUACAGAUGUUCCCGGGAUGCCAGCAGAACACAUAGUUGUGCUUCAUGUCAAUUAAGGUAGACCUUUCAGUGUAUUACAAGUCGCUGUAAGGUUAAGCAUCUGCAGUAUUUGAUAAAUCAAUGUUUUUUAAUCGGGGUGCCUCCAGCUGUUUCAAAACUACAAGUACCAGAAUGGCCUGACAGCCAAAGUCUGUCCAGGCAUGCUGGGAGUUGUAGUUUUGAAACAGCUGGAGGCACCCUGAUUGGAUAUACCAUCCUAAAUGGGUAGUUAGGACCUGUCAACAAUUUGUUCUUUGAGAUGGAUUGUUUGACUGAAGUUUUUCUUCUUAGUCCUAGUCUCCCUUAAAGGGGUACUCCACUGGCCAGCGUGGAACUAAAUGUUCCGAAAGCUGUUUCGACACUGCGUUGGUCGACCAUGCCCCCUUAUGACGUCACAACCACGCACCUCAAUGCAAGUCUAUGGGAGGGGGCGUGAUUGCUGUCAUAACCCCCUCCAAUAGAGUUGCUUUGAGGGGGGUGGUUGUGAUGUCACGAGGGAGGCGUGGUGGACCCCCGCAGCGCAAAAACAGCGUUAGGAACAUUUAGCUUCAUGCUGGCCAGUGGAGUACCCCUUUUAAAUGUUUCUUUAUAUCCCAGACUUAUACUGUGUAUACAAGUAGAGGAAGGUAAUGGUAACUAUGUAAGAUGUUCUGGAAGUCCCCAGUCAGCCAUUAGGAUGCAUAGUGCAACGUCUUCAGCUUGUGUUUUUUAUAUUCUUUACAGCCAUGUUCUUUAGCGUGUUUCUCCAGUCACCUUGUGUAUAUACAGCACAUGUAUAAAAUGAUUUUGAAAAUAAAUCCUGAAACCCAUUUAACAUGGGUGAAAGAUGUUACAUUUUGACAGAAUCGAAUAUCAACCAAUAAAACUGUAAACUUAAAAGCUUUA